AUGCAAUUCCCUCGACAAUUCCCUCUAUUUGCCCAAAGUUCCGGCUCACCACGCGCUUCUACCAUUCUGCCUGCUCCCAUCAACUGUCUGAUGCUCGUCCCAUCCACCCUCCUCUCAUCCCACGACAACUUCGCUCCUUCUGGUCUUUUGCCCUCCCUCACCGGGCUCGGAAUGUCUGGUUUCGCGGGUUGCACAAUAAGCUUUCGUGCCGAGCACUUCUGUGUCCAUCGAGAUGCAAGAACAUUUUCUUCUCGCUUGCCCGUUGAAAUCUGCUGUGUGGACAGGAAUUUGGUUGGAAUUCUUCGGCACCGUCCCUCUGCCCUCUGUCCUCUCAAACGCUUUCCAAUCCUUCGUCUUCCCCCCACACUUAACCCUGCGAUCCCUGCUUCCUCCGUCUUUGGCCUAACUAUCCUGGCUAUUUGGGAUCACCACUGGUCUUUCCACUUUAACUCUGUCCCUUUCCUUCCCUCUGCGGUGCUCUACACUGCAUGCAAGUCAAUUUCUCGUCUCUGCUCUGAACUAGAGCUGGACUCUCCAUAA